CUAUUAUAUUUCAUUAUUCCUGUUAUAAAAUAUUACAUAUUUUGCAUAUUUAUUUUAGUAAGUACAUUUUACAAUGAAGCGCAGAAGAACCGAGUCUGAAGGGGAUAAUUCAUCAGAUACGCCUACGUAUAUUAUUAGAGGCACUCCUGAAGGUAUUCUGAGAAGAAUUCAAAAUGUUUAUGCCAACAGACUAUUAACUGAUGUUACUCUUGUGGUGGAAGGAGUUUCAUAUCCUGCACACGGCUUCAUAUUGUGUUUAUCUAGCGAUGUAUUUGAGACUAUGUUGAUGAAUUAUAAACGGAGUGAUUCACAUCAAGGUGUCAUUGAAUUACAAGAAAUUCCACAAUGUGUUGAUGUAUUUCCAGUUUUUCUUCAAUAUUUGUAUACUGGUGAAAUAACAGUUGAUUUUGAUAUUAUUAUUCCGAUAUUGAUGUUAGCUGUUAAAUAUAAUGUUGAGAAUCUUACCGAGUUUUGUAUUAACUACAUGUGUAAGAUUUUAACUGAAGCUGCUAAGAAUGGUCUAAUAGUAACUUGGUUUCAAUAUUUACUGUCAUUAAAUCAUCCGAAGAAGGUCAAUGCCGCAUAUUUUUGUAAAAUAUGGCAAGAUAAUGAUUGUAUAAAAUUCAAGCCACCAUUGAAUAAAUUCUUUAAAGCUUGCAAAAAUUUUAUAAAAUGGAAUAUUGAUAAGUGUGUAGACUGUUUCAAUACAUUUCAAUGUGAUGUUCUUGUUGGACUAUUACAACAAUCUGAUCUCGUUGUAGAUGAUGAAAUACAAUUAUUUAAAUAUGUUGAGGGUUGGAUAAAUUACCAGGCUGAAAAAAAAUUGAUUGAGUGUAACGAUUCUGAUACAGUUAAAGAAUACAAGAUAUCCUUGAUAGAAAAUGUUAUGUCUUAUAUUAGAUAUCCAAUGAUUCCUCCUCGAAGGUUACCUAUAUUGUUUAUGGAACCUAUUCUCAAAGAGCAUGGACAUUUUUUUAUUGAUAAAAUGACUGAAACAAUGUAUUAUAAUAUGAUAAAAAUAGAAAAACAAACAAGUGCUGAUUAUAUACUAGCCUGUACACCAAGAUUGUACACCUGUUCCCAGUGGGGAGGUGAAUUUAGAGUAUAUAGUUAUACACUUGAUACCUUACUACCACUUACAAAAGAAAUUACUACUAACAGAUAUUUGUUUGAACGAUCCGAAGAAAUGCCUGAAAAGGCACAAUGGAAUGUUGAAUUGUUCUUGAAUGGAUUAUGGUAUGAUAAAGCAUUAUGGACUUCUGGUAGUGAUUCUCUUGAAUUGCCAGAGGUAAUACUAAAAAAAGUGCGAGCAACAAUUGAGCUGAAAUUAAGAGAAUAUGAAAAAAAAGUUUCAUUUUAUGCCCGUGUUGCCAUUCUAGUGUAUGGUCGCCAGAUAGCUAUAACUCAUGUUGUUUCAGUUGUACAAAAAGUUGUGUUGUUUACCGAAGACCAACUUAAAAUAACCAUUGAUGAUUUUAUGGACUAUGAAGAACUUCAUAGAGUAGGCGCUCAGGAGGCUUACUCACAAUUUGGAUACUAUACCUUUGGAGCAUUAAAAGUCCAUAUUGUAAUUACUCCUGUUGCAUUAGGAGUAACUGAUAUUCAAAAUAUUGCUAUCGGAAUACAACAUGUACACUUUCAAAUAGUUUAAUAUAAU